GAAUAAUGAGUGUGAACAAAUGAUGAAGCUUAACGGAAACAAAACGUGGUGUUUUGAACUGUUUGAAAAAAUUCCUGGUUAGACACCACUGGGGUUGUUGUAAUCCACAGUCAUCAUGCGGUGUAAACUUGUUCUAUUAACACAUGUAAAUUGUGUUGAUUAACAAUGGAAAUAUGUUAAUAUGGUUUGUCCAUUGGUUCUGGAUUUCGCUCUGAUUCCAUUCUCUAUUCUUUAUGAGAUAUAGGUUUCUCGUAUCCCCAUUACACAGUAGGAGUUGCUUAAAGAUCGUAUUGUUUUGGUCAGCAAUGGCUUUAUCGCGUAUGACGAACUUCAUAUGCUUCAUAAUUAUUGACUACUUGUUCACAAUCUUCUGUGUCAAUAAAUCUGUUAAACCUGAAACUACAAUCGGUCAAUCUUGCCACGUUUGUCUCCAUUGUAUGGGGUCCAUUAUUCGGGUAGACUGCGGUUAUUAUGAAAGGGACAGAGAUCUUCAUCAUUAUUGAGUACUCUAUGUAGAUUAGGUCAAGUGGGCUUGUAUAUCACUUCAAAGAAUUUUGCUAUUAUCAUUAUAAUUGCGUAUACUUUAAUGAGUAAUUGAAUUUCAACUGGUAACACAGUGCUUGGAGCCAUUUGGACAUUCCAGUUACCUUAUAGAUUGAUUAAAGACCUCAAGAAGGUAAUGUUAGCUUACGAGUUGAAGAACCAUACACCAUCACAG